AUGUUGGAAAAUGCAACUGCUCGACAUAAUUCCUUUUGGGAAUUCAAAGGCGAAGUUGAUUACGUAGACAAGUGGUUCCUUAUGGCUACCCCGAUCCCAAUUUUGACAAUCUGGCUCGCAUACUUGGCUUUUGUACUGAAAAUUGGACCAGAGUUCAUGAAGAAAAGGCCACCGUUCAAUUUGAAUAACGUGCUGGUUUUGUACAACGCAAUACAAAUUAUUAUUUCCUGUUUCGUUUUCUGCUUUGGAGCAAACCUUUUAUUGCAAAAUGGAUUAAUAUUACAAAAAAGAUGCAUAAAUGAUGGUGACGACUUGAAAAUGUUUUUAACUACUGGAAUUUAUUACUACUUCUUCGCAAAAUUAACAGAACUGCUUGAUACGAUCUUCUUUGUCCUUCGGAAAAAGGAUAACCAAGUUACAUUUCUCCAUGUCUACCAUCACUCCGCAACAUUGCUUUGUAGUUGGUUCGCCUUGAAGUACGAACCUUCAUACAGCACAGUGUUUCUUGGUACAAUCAACUCUUUUGUACACAUAGUUAUGUAUACAUACUACGGAUUGUCCGCUUUUCCUGAUCUAUCGAAGUAUUUGUGGUGGAAGAAAUAUAUCACUUCAAUGCAGCUGGUACAAUUUUUAUUAAUGGUGAUCCAAGUUACAGUAAACUAUAAAGCUUCAUCGUGUCGUCCUUCAUAUGUGUUACUAUUUAUGAUAAAUUUCAACGUUUUGUUAUUCCUGUAUUUAUUCUCAGAUUUCUAUAUUAAAUCUUACAUUAAAAAUAAUCAAAAACGUAUCGAAAAUGAAAAACAACGACGCAAUGGUUCAAAACAUAUGAAUGGCAGAAAUGGAAAAAUAUUUAAAAAGAGUACUAUAAAUUAG